AUGCGGACCGUCGAUCUUGGAAAGAACUCAAUGGGACGCCUGUGUCUCUUGGGUCUCCUCUCGCUUCAGUCAACGUUGACGUCCGCCACGACUCACGAACCUUCUGGAGCAACCGGGCCGGCGGUCUUCAAUCUCGAAAUCGCACGGAGUCAUUCGCUUCGUCAUUUUAAAAAUGACGACGGGACAGUCAAUCCUGAGUAAGUUCCUCCUCGAGCGGGCCAUGGUAUCAUUUCGUUGCAUCCUUGGUUUCGUCGCUUGCCCUGAGCCGGAGGGUCCGACGGCAAGUGGAGUGGCCUUUUCGGACGCUCCUAACCUUGGCGGUUGUCGAUGACGUGACCGCGAGGCAUCGCAACAUGUGGACCAGUGAAGCGAAACUGUGAAUGAACACUACUGAUGCACAUCACCGCGCCCUGGGAAACCCUAACAGCCGCUUACACUCACAUCACGAGCAUCUAGAAGCCAAGUACCUCCGCAACUUCUACAUUGCCAACAGCAAGAACGAAGUGACCCCGCCCUUUCCGAACACCGCCAACCCCUUGCAAAAGAGGGGUGUCUCGCCUGAUCUACAGAAUACCUUGGUCGUUGCCCAAGCGAUUGAAGCUAACUUCAAGGCCAAGAUGAAGACCAAAGGGAAGCUGGAUAAACGAGCCGGGGGCACUCGAGCGUCCCGAGUCGCCCUUGACGGUGUCAGUGAGUGGUGCCUUUCAGAGUCUGCCAUUGCCUCCCUUUGCCUAUAAAACACCUCACGAAUGACGCCUCGUCGUUGACUUUGUCUACUAGCCUGUGCAUCCGGCGUCGUCCACCAGGUUCUCGUCAAGAUCGGCACGCCACCCAAAGCCUUCUCCUUCACGCUCGACUCGGGUUCAGGGUUGUGAGUGAGGGUGGUUUGAUUAAAAAAUUCCCUGCCCUCGGGGCUCAUCAUCUUGUUGUAUCGGGAUCUUUUCCCCCAGAUCGUGGGUCCGAAGCGAAUGCAAGGACGGCGAUGAGCAGCAGUGCGCUCCGGAUCGCUCGCGCUUGUCACUGAGGGACUCGACUACUCUGAUGAAAUCGAACGUAACUUGGUCGACAUCGUAUGGUGAGAAGAACUGUGUUCAAACUCCUCUACAUUCAAGGCAUCAUAAGGCUAAGCAGGACAUCUUAUUCCCUAGUUUCGGGCGAAACGUCGGGGUAUUUCGUGAGGGACGUCUUCCAAAUCGGCUUAGCUCGAUACGACCAACAGGUCUUCGCCUCGGCGAGCAAGAUUUCGCAAAUGAUCAACAUGGUCCCUACCGAUGGCGUGUUGGGCGCUUCCUUUUCGACGAUAGCGAAGGCCCAAACGCCGACGUUCCUCGAGAACCUCAUCAAGUCGCAAUUGAUAGAACAACCCAUCAUGUCCUUCGCCAUGAAGGGCGGUCCUUCUCCCCCACAUGGAUCUCUCAUCAUCGGUGGGAUGGAUGAGAAUGUGAUUCAACCUGGAACUUUGAGAUAUCAUCCUGUCACUUCGGUGGGUUACUGGCAGGUCAAGGCGGCGGGUCUCACUGCCGGGGGCAAAGUCGUGCCCGGUACUGAGAUGGAUUGUGCAAUGGAUACCGGCUCUGCGUGAGUGCAUCUUGUCGCCAAGAGAUCUAGUUCAGCCGGUGCUGCAAGCGAUAAUCAGCUGUGAAUUCUGACGCUGCGGAUUGUGAACUCCUAUCCAGGAUACUGUAUCUACCAUCCGCCGUGACCGAUGCCUUCUUUGCCGCCCUUCCGGGCGCCAUCAAGUCGGACCACUUGGGAUGGACCGUACCGUGCAAGUCUCUACCAACCAUCAAGACCAUCGGAAUCGCGUUCUCGAACGUCAUUUACAGCAUCCCGAUUUUGAGUCUGGUCAUCGGAAGUGAGUGAAGCUGAGGAUGAACCGUAUGAUCCCGAGUCGCGUCUUGACAAUUGAAGCUGACUGAAAAUCGAGGGUGGUUUUGCAGCGGACCCCGAUGAUUCCAGCCAAUGCAAGCUUGCCAUCUCAUCUUCAUCAAGUACCGAUAUCAACGGCAAGCCCGUCGCGAUCAUCGGCACCGUCUUCCUCCAAGUCAGUCAAAUGUGCCCAGUUCCAACCUCCGGUCGACCGGUGCCGGGAGACGUUCUGACGCUCAAUUUCACCCCGCCUUUUCUUUCACAUCUUGCAACAGCAUGUCUACACCGUUCUUUCGUAUUCGAAUAACAAACAGCCGGCCGUUGGAUUCGCCUCCUUCGUCGGCAGCGAGCUCGUCAUCGAGAGUGUUGACGGUGCUGCUUUACCUCCUGCCAACGACCCGUCCCCACCCCCGAGCGACAAGGAUGUCAAGCCCAAGUCGAUUGCACUUUCGACCCAAAGUACGGAUACGAAACUCCCUGCCAACAAGACUCAGACACCGCCAACCACCCAAACGCCCGUUCACGGGCCCUCCAAAGAUGCUGGCAAGUCCAAUCCAGACCAUGGAGGCGAAGGCGGCGGAGAACCGACUCCUGGGCCCGAUCUCAAAAAGGGUUCUCCUCCUGAUCUUCCCGAGACGACGAGGCAUGCCGCUAAGAAGGUUGAACCCCCUCAAGAUACUGAGGCGGGUCGACCGGAUCCCAAGGAAAAAGAUGCCACCAAGCCUCAUGGCAAAGGUGUCGAGACACCGGUUCCGGAUGUAAAAGGGACGAAGCAGCAUGACGCCGGAGGGAAAAGUACUCCUGUUGCCAAGGAGCAACCGGGUGCGAAAGACAUCGGUCCGAAAGAAGGUCCGCCGGAACGACCCCCUACCCCGAGCGAUUUCCACGCUCCCGAGGAAAGUGAUUCGACCAAGAAUAUGACGGCGAAGAAUCCCGUUCCCAAGUCUAAGGCGGACAAGGUCGCCCCCGAGAAGAGCCAACAUCCCGAGGAGCACAAACCUGCCGCAUCGGACAAGACGCCGGAAGCAAAAGGAACAAAGAAGGAACAUAACCAAGCAGCCGGUGGCAAAGACAAGGACGGCAAAACGCUGCCGCCAGCUGAUCAGUGAGUCCACCCCUCGACGACCGAUGAGCAUGAGAUGAGAUGCCUACACCCUGAUGCUGCACUUUCUACACACCUCACUUUAGGCAAGCCGACUUUGGCCCUCCGACGGUCCAGAAAGUGCCGAGCCUCAACAUCUCCGGCAACGGAAGCGACUCUCAGCCCGGUGCUCCAGGUGGGACCAACAAUUCCAACCCAGUACUCCUAGGCAAUGGUACGCUGCCGCCCGACUCGUUCAAACCAGCGCAAGAGUCCCACAGUGCAGCUCCAGCGAUAGUGUCGAGUGUUUGGUCAAGUUCGGCCGUCUUGGUGCUGGUAUCGGCAGGGUUCCUCUUGUUCGGCAUUUGA